GAGCGGCGGCGGCGGCGGCAGGCAGGGAGAAAGCGGGAGGGAGGCGGUGCUGUUGCUGCUCUUGCGGUCGCCGCCGUCACACCGGGCCGAGGAAGCCGACAGCCAGCCAUGGCCAGCCUCGUCCCAAGCGCCUGCGACGCCCCGCCCGGCCUCUGAGAGAGGAAGAGCGAGGAGCCCACACCGCUCUCCGCCUCAGCUGGCGCCGCUGUCCUCUCCGCGCCCUUCGGGGGGUGUCGCCGCCGCCUCUUUCUGAGGCCCCCAGCCCCGAGAUGCGACCAUGGACUGCAGGAUCAAAGAAAAUCCAGCAAAAACUUUUGAUUUGGUGCUACAGGUAAAAUGCCGGGCUCCUGAAAAUGAAGAUCCUGUGGUUUUGUGGAAGUUCCCAGAGGACUUUGGAGACCAGGAAGUACUCCAGAGUAUACCUAAAUUCUGCUUUCCAUUUGACAUUGCAAGGGUGUCUCAAGUUGGGCAGCAUUUCACCUUUGUACUUACUGACAUUGAAAGUAAACAGAGAUUUGGAUUUUGCCGGUUAACAUCAGGAGGCAAAGUGUGUCUGUGCAUUCUGAGCUACUUGCCAUGGUUUGAGGUUUACUACAAACUAUUAAAUACAUUGGCAGAUUAUUUGGCUAAAGAACAGGAAGAAGACUUGAAUGACUUGUUAGAAUCCUGGUAUAGUCAUCCUGUUCCAAAAGCAAAUACUCCUAUUAGUUUAAGUUUGAACAAAGAGAUAUUUUUUGCAAGCGAGCAAGUUCUGAAAGACCAACCAUGUUUAACAGCGCACUCAUAUUUCAUUACUCCUGAUGUAACUGGCUUGCCAACUGUCCCUGAAAGUAGAAAUCUUACUGAAUAUUUUGUUGCUGUGGAUGUGAACAACAUGCUGCAACUUUAUGCCAGCAUGUUGCAUGAGAGACGCAUCAUUAUUACCUCCGGCAAACUAAGCACUUUAACUGCGUGUAUUCAUGGGUCAGCUGCACUGCUCUAUCCAAUGUACUGGCAACACAUAUACAUCCCAGUGCUCCCACCACACCUGCUGGACUACUGCUGUGCACCAAUGCCGUAUUUGAUUGGCGUUCACUCCAGUUUAAUAGAGAGAGUGAAAAGUAAAUCACUGGAAGAUACGGUGAUGCUAAAUGUUGACACAAACACUUUGGAAACACCAUUUAAUGACCUGAGCAGCCUACCAAGUGAAGUGGUCUCGGCCUUGAAAAAUAAACUGAAGAAGCAAUCCACAGCUACGGGUGAUGGAGUAGCCAGGGCCUUCCUGAGGGCACAGGCAACAUUAUUUGGAUCCUACCGAGAUGCACUAAGAUACAAGCCUGGAGAACCUGUAACUUUCUGUGAAGAAAGUUUUGUCAGGCAUCGUUCCAGUGCUACAAAACAGUUUUUGGAAACUGCGGUGAAUCUUCAGCUUUUUAAACAGUUUAUUGAAGGUCGACUCACAAAGCUGAAUGCAGGGAAAGGGUUCUCCGAUGUGUUUGAAGAAGAAAUCUCUUCAGGUGGCUUCAGUGGAGGAAACUCAAAGUCAUAUCACCAGUGGAUGUAUACCGUUAAAAAAGGAGGUGCUCUGAUCAACACAGCAAUGACUAAAGCCAGCCCAGCUAUGAAAACAGCUUACCAAUAUGCAAAAAAUCAUGCAAAGCAAGGAAUAAAGGAGGUGAGGAGUAAGUUGAAACACAAGGAAACAGAUCAUUAUGGAAUUUGUAGCUCAGGUUUGGUGCCAUACAGUCAGAUCUACAUGGUGCACAACUCAAAAAAGCUUAAUACAGGAAAACGAAGAUUUGCACAGGCACGGUUUGGGUAUCUUCAUACAAUCCAACAUGAUUCUGCUUUGGAUGAGGAUGCUGAUGAUGAAGUGGACAGAGCAAGCAAGUUGUCAUCUGAAGACAGUGAGGAAACAUCUUAUUAUCUGUAUGACAGUGAUGACUCAGGAGAAAUGGCCAAAACAUCAGUGCCCCCAGGAGAAAUGGACUUGCUGGGAGAGAUUUUGGACACUUUAAGCACACACAGUUCUGACCAAGGAAAGCUCUCAGGAGCCAAGAGUCUGGACUUCUUUCGAUCUAUGGAUGAUAUUGAUUACAAGACAGUGAAUAAAUCCAACACUCCGAGUGAGAGCAAUCUUGCUCUGCUAUGCAGCGGUCUGACUUCUGACCCAGCAGAGUGGAAUCUUGGGCAAGAUGACAGUGUCCUCAUUGGGAAGCAGCUUCCCCCGUCACCAAGGAAACGUGUUCCUUCUAGCCUCAGCCACACAGAAUCUCCCUUUGUGCUGGAAAGAGAAAAUCCUUCCUCUGCAUUUAGCUCUGACAGUGUGGGCUUCCUUAAAACUUGCAUAAAAUCUCCAAACCAGUCUCAAGAUUUCACUAUGCAUCUGUGUUCUCCAGGAAGUUUACCUGUAGAGGAGAAAAAAUGGGAUGAAACACUAAGCUGUACAUCACCAAACUUGAUCCAAAGUCCAUCCAGUCUAGUUCCUUGGGAGAAAGAACCUAAAAAAGGAAGUGAAAUCCUAGAGGAGGGUGGACUGCUUCACGAAGUGGUGUCCUUGUGUAAAAUGACUUCUUCUUUCAGCCAUGGUUUAAACAUUUCAAGUGACCAGAUUUCCAGUAGCAGCGGGAAUAAGACAUAAGACAUUUUGGAGGGGAGAGUUGCAUUUCCCCCCCCCCCCCCAAAAAAAAAGACUGCUCAGGACUCCAUCUCUGCUUUGUGAAAAGAUCACAAAGAAAACAAACUCUUCUGUUUGACUGACUUGAGUUGCAGUUUGCCACACAGGUGCAUCUUCUCCCUUUUUGUUUUGAAUAUAAUCUCCUCUUAAUU